AUUUUAAAUUUGUACCUCGAUUUUAUUUGUUUAUAGAAUGUUAUUUGCUUUUACCAUAGUUAAUAGUUAAUCCUGUCGUGACAGACGUGCCUUACAAUUACUCUGGCAUUUACAAGAAUUGUAUACCAUCAUCUUUAAAGGUCAAUCAAUCCAAGUAGUAGACCGGGUCAAGGAAAUAAAUAAUAAGCAUAUUUCAUUGUUAUUGUGGUGAAUAGAAACUUCCGGGUGAACAUAUUACAUUAAUAUCUUAAUUUAUAUUUUUAAAUUUAUAUUUAUCGUUCCUAUUUUUCCUUUAGAUCUUUUACUUUCUUUCAAAGCUGUAAUUUUUUUAUCUGUGUUUACCUUAGAUAAGAGAAAUCGAUCCCAAAUCAUGGCGUUCGUUGCGUCUCUCGCGUUUACAAUUCUCUUAAUAAAUUAUUCAUUAUCAUUAAAUUGUGACAAUGUUGAAGUUUGCAGAGAAACACAACAUCCGAAUUGCGAACAUUGCAUACGAACCCAUCCAUGCUGCAGCUGGUGUUCAGAUAUGAACUUUGAAAAAGUGAGAUGCGACACAAACGAAAAUUUAAAACAAUUAAAUUGUUCAAGCAAGUUUAUAUUCGACGCGGGAAACUCGAUGAUAAUAUCGGAGAUGCGAAAACCAUUUUCUAACGCAGAUGAAGUAUUAGGAAACCCCGCAGUACAAAUUGAUCUGCAAGAAAUAGAUAUAUCACUAAGAUUACACGAACCAGUAACCUUCAAAUUAAAAUACCAAGCAGCCAAAAAUUACCCUUUAGAUUUAUAUUAUUUGAUGGAUUUAACUUAUAGCAUGAAAGAUGACCUUGAAGCAAUGAUAUCAUUAGGUUCUACAAUCGGUAGUGAGACAAAAAUGUUAACGAACAAAUACAAAAUAGGUUUCGGAUAUUAUUCCGAUAAAGUCGCAAUGCCUUUUGCUAUGAUGGAUAAAAAAUCUAUGGAAAAUCCUUGCUCGGGGUUAAGACAACAAUGCGCGAAAGGAUUCGAUUUUAUUCACGCCUUAAAUUUCACUGAAAACGUAAACGAUUUUAUUCAAAAAUUAAAAGAAAGUGAAGUUACAGCUAAUGUUGAUGAUUUAGAGGGGGGUAUUGAUGCGAUUAUGCAAAUUAUAACUUGCCAAAAUUAUAUGCGUUGGAGAAAAUUCUCGAGAAAAAUCGUUGUUGUUGCAACUGGAGGAUUCAUGCAUUUUGCAGGGGAUGGUGUUUUAUCUGGAAGUAUUCAAAAAAAUCCUGGUGUGUGUAUGUUAGAUGAAAAUGGAGCUUAUAACUCAUUAAUUUAUGAUUACCCAUCGUUGGAGGAGAUUCAUAAAAAAUUACAAGAAGAAAAGGUUAAUCUUUUAUUCGCAGCUAAAAAAGAAGCUUACAAUUACUACGAAAAAUUUCACAACACAAUUCCAGACGUCUCAACAAUCGGAAAAUUAGAAGAAAAAUCAACGAACAUCAUGAAACUAAUCAAAGACAGUUACCAAAAAGUCGUUCAAACCGUUAAAUUCGAAGCUAACGUUACAGAUAACGUUAAAAUAACUUUCGAAACGACAUGCAAACCAACGGGAAAGAAAAGAGAAAGCAAUCAGUGCAAAAACGUUAAAAUUGGUGAGAAAUAUAUCUUCGACGUCACCUUAGAGCUUAUUAAACUACCAGAAAAUCAUAAAACUAAAGAUACUUUUGUGAUCGAAGAAAUGAAUUUGUUUGAAUACACAAAAAUUAAUGUUAACUAUAUCGGAGUUGAAUGUAAUUGCAUGGAAUCGGGGGUGCAAUCGUGUAAACAUGGUGCUUUUAAAUGUGGAAUUUGCAAUUGUAAAGAUGGAUGGACAGGACGUGAUUGUAGUAUUGAGUGCAUGAAAGAACACGCUUGCAGGUUUUCCAAUGAGACUUACACUUCAUCAACUUGUUUUGGAAAAGGAGAUUGUGAUUUAUCUACAUGUAGUUGUCAAUGUGAUAGGCGCUACACGGGACAAUUUUGCGAAUUCAAUCAAUGUCCAAGAAAUCGUAGAACUGGGGAAAUUUGUACGAGCGAAAAACACGGAACUUGCGACCGGGGAACAUGCGUUUGUAACGAAAAUUACAACGGUACAGACUGUUCGUGUUACAUGAAGAACGACACGUGUUUAGCACCUGGACAAAAUAAACUGUGUAACGGAGCCGGACAAUGCGUCUGUGGAAAAUGCGAAUGCCAAGAAGGACAUUCUGGCCAAUUCUGCGAAUAUUGCCCAGAAUGCGAUGCGAUCUGCUCCAGUUUUGAGCAAUGCGUAAUCGGCGUUUCUCUUAAUAACACCGUCGAUAAUUGCAUCCGAAAUGGGACUAAAUAUGAAACUAAAAAGAACGAUUUAGCCGAAGAUUUAUGCCUAGCAAGAUACAUUAAUGAAAAAGGCGAAACUUGCGAUGUACAAUAUUCGUAUGCAUACGAAGCAAAAAAUGUUAUUUUAGAAUAUCGAAACGCACUUUGUUCACGGCCUUUAACAGCUACCUCAACGGGGAUUCUAAUCUUUUCUGCGAUCUUAGCGGUGGGGUUAGCAACAAUCAUCAUCGUUAAAGUUAAAAAUUCCAUUCAAGAUAAAAGGGAACUUGCCAAACAUGAAAAAGAGGUGCUUCUAUUUCGAAGUAAACGGGAAGAUAAUCCACUUUAUCAUUCUCCAAUAACACAACACGUUAAUCCGCUUCGACAGCUAGAAGAGGACUCUUAUAUGUAGAUGUUAUUAAUUAAAAAUAAACUAUGCUUUAUAUUGAAACUAAAAUAUAAUGAUAUAGGAUAUGA